AACCCAGCCGCCAGCAGCCAUGGCGCCCGGCCAGCUCGCUUUAUUUAGUGUCUCAGACAAAACCGGCCUCGUGGAAUUUGCCAGAAAUCUAACUGCUGUGGGCUUGAAUCUGGUGGCUUCUGGAGGGACUGCAAAAGCCCUCAGGGAUGCUGGGCUGGCCGUCAGAGAUGUCUCUGAGCUGACAGGAUUUCCUGAAAUGUUAGGGGGGCGUGUCAAAACCUUGCAUCCGGCAGUCCAUGCUGGAAUCUUGGCUCGUAAUAUCCCGGAGGAUAAUGCUGACAUGGCCAGACUUGAUUUCAAUCUUAUAAGAGUUGUCGUUUGUAACUUGUAUCCCUUUGUGAAGACUGUGGCUUCUCCAGACGUGACGGUUGGAGAGGCUGUUGAGCAGAUUGAUAUCGGUGGAGUCACCCUCCUGAGAGCAGCAGCCAAAAACCAUGCUCGAGUGACCGUCGUGUGUGAACCAGAGGACUAUGCGGCAGUGUCCACCGAGAUGCAGAGCUCCGACAGUAAGGACACCUCCUUGGAGACCAGACGCCAGUUAGCCUUGAAGGCUUUCACUCAUACGGCACAGUAUGAUGAAGCAAUAUCGGAUUAUUUCAGGAAACAGUAUAGUAAAGGAGUAGCUCAGAUGCCCUUGAGGUAUGGAAUGAACCCUCAUCAAACUCCUGCCCAGUUGUACACGCUGAAUUCCAAGCUUCCCCUCACAGUUCUAAAUGGAGCCCCUGGAUUUAUAAACUUGUGUGAUGCGCUGAAUGCCUGGCAACUGGUGAAGGAACUCAGAGAAGCUUUAGGCGUUCCAGCUGCUGCCUCUUUCAAACACGUCAGCCCAGCAGGUGCUGCUGUUGGAAUUCCACUCAGUGAAGAUGAGGCCAGAGUCUGUAUGGUCUACGAUUUGUAUAAAACCCUUACACCCAUAUCAACUGCAUAUGCACGAGCAAGAGGGGCUGAUAGGAUGUCUUCAUUUGGUGACUUCAUUGCAUUAUCUGAUGUUUGUGAUGUCCCUACUGCCAAAAUUAUCUCCAGAGAGGUAUCUGAUGGCAUUGUUGCUCCAGGAUAUGAGGAAGAAGCUUUGCAGAUACUUUCUAAAAAGAAAAAUGGAAGCUAUUGUGUUCUUAAGAUGGACCAGUCUUACAAACCAGAUGAAAAUGAAGUUCGCACUCUCUUUGGUCUUCGUUUAAGCCAGAAGAGAAAUAAUGGUGUCGUUGACAAGUCAUUAUUCAGCAAUGUUGUUACCAAAAAUAAAGAUUUGCCAGAUUCUGCACUCCGAGAUCUCAUUGUCGCCACCAUUGCUGUCAAGUACACUCAGUCUAAUUCUGUGUGCUACGCCAAGAAUGGUCAGGUUAUUGGCAUCGGAGCAGGACAGCAGUCUCGGAUACAUUGCACGAGGCUUGCAGGGGAUAAGGCGAACUGCUGGUGGCUCAGACAUCAUCCUCAAGUGCUUUCAAUGAAGUUUAAAACUGGAGUGAAGAGAGCAGAAAUCUCCAAUGCCAUUGAUCAGUAUGUUACUGGAACUAUCGGCGAGGAUGAAGAUUUGGAAAAGUGGAAGGCACUGUUUGAGCAGGUUCCUGAAUUAUUAACUGAGGCUCAGAAGAAAGAGUGGAUUGACAAACUCAGUGAAGUGUCUGUCAGCUCUGAUGCCUUCUUUCCUUUCAGGGAUAAUGUAGACAGAGCUAAGAGGAGCGGUGUGGCGUACAUUGCUGCCCCUUCCGGCUCUGCUGCUGACAAAGUUGUGAUUGAGGCUUGUGACGAGUUGGGAAUAAUCCUCGCUCAUACCAAUCUUCGCCUCUUUCACCACUAAUUUCAGCAAAUAUUAUCAUCUGGUUUAUGUAUAGAUGAAAAUCAUGUGUGACAUUUGAGAACAUCUUUUUCAGAAUAGUAAAACAUUAAAUCUUAAUAAUCUUG